CAAAAAUAAACAUAAAAACAACGUAAAAUAAACAUAAACCUUUGUAAUUUCGAAAUAUGAGUGCUAGAAAGGCAACCGAAAAAAUUACCGAAGUAUUGGCAAAUGAAGUUAGGAGGCAAACCCCUAGUCACGUUGUCGAAGCUGUUGUGAAAAACGCAAGCGAAAUUCCGGAAGUAGCUGAGAAAGUAGUUACGGAAAUUGCUGAGAAUGUGACUUCAGGAGCUCCAGAUGGAAGACCUAUUGUCUAUCGUUAAUUAAUAAUUAUGAAUUUUUCGAAUUCUUAU